UUUGUGCCAAUAAGUUCAGUUCAAGUGCCUCGAUGUGUUCACAUUCAGCUGUUGAUCCUCUUCUCCUGUGUGUAUCUGUGUGUGUAUCCGUUGUGUGUCCGUGUGUGUAACCGUGUGUGUGUGUCUCUGCGUCCCUCCCGUAGGUUCUGUACAGUUCUGGAGUUCUGUGAAGGCAACGACCUGGACUUCUACCUGAAGCAGAACAAGCUGAUGUCGGAGAAGGAGGCCCGCUCCAUCGUCAUGCAGAUCGUGAGCGCCCUGCGCUACCUCAACGAAAUCAAACCCCCCAUCAUCCACUACGACCUCAAACCUGGCAACAUCUUAUUGGUGGAUGGCACUGCGUGUGGAGAAAUCAAAAUCACAGACUUUGGUCUGUCUAAGAUCAUGGACGAUGAUAACUACGGCGUGGACGGGAUGGACCUCACAUCACAGGGAGCAGGCACCUACUGGUAUCUUCCUCCAGAGUGUUUUGUGGUGGGGAAGGAGCCCCCUAAAAUCUCCAACAAGGUGGACGUCUGGUCUGUGGGAGUGAUCUUCUUCCAGUGCCUCUACGGACGCAAGCCGUUUGGUCACAACCAGUCCCAGCAGGACAUCCUCCAGGAGAACACCAUCCUCAAAGCCACCGAGGUCCAGUUCCCCGCUAAACCCCAGGCUACCACAGAGGCCAAGGCGUUUAUCCGCCGCUGUUUGGCCUACCGUAAGGAGGACCGCUUCGACGUCCACCAGCUGUGCUCAGACUCCUACCUCCUCCCACACAUGAGACGCUCCACCUCCUCCGGAACCCUGCAGCCCUCCUCAUCCCUCGCCACCUACUGACUGUCACAUGACUAACUCUGGCCUAUCACAGAGCAGGAAUCUAUCUUUUCUGUUUGUUUACCUGAGCUGUUUCCAAAUGGAUGAAUAAAUAAGCAACAGAAAUGGACAAAAGUAAGAGAGAAGGAUGCUCCGUUUGCAUAUGUCCUUGAACUCAACAUGUGAGGUAAGAAGAGGGGCUCGGCUUUGUUUGGAGCCAUGGAUUCUUUAUGGACUUUAAUAAAUAACCCCGUAAGAGACAUUUCAGAACCUAUUGAUGCCCUUUCCAUGCCGCUGUUCCAGAUGUUCUCUCGUCACUGAUUGGACGUUGGCUUUGAGCAGCGGGCAGCAGAAGAAAGGGGUGAAGAGGUGCACGUUUCCAUCAAGCUCAGAUGAACACUGCAAUCCAUCUUUCCGUGGCACAAAAUGACUCAUAAACGUCAAUUACUUCUACCCUUAUAGUCCCUCUGCACUUAAAAGUGAUGUUACCUUGAUGGGACUUGAGAAAAAUUGAGAAAAAAGAUCCAGAUUAAACUUCUGGUGUUUAUUUGCACUUCCGAUUCAGAUCACGGUGAUCUGGUGUCAACACAUUUGGCAUGAAGUACUUCAGCGUGGGCUCCAUCAGUUCUACUUUUUUUUUUGUCGCGAAGCAAUUCAGAUCUACCGCCAAGUUUACAGGAAGUGGAUCUGAGCAUCUGUCUUAAUUCAUUUUUGUUGUUCAGAUGAGAUGUUUUUGAAACCGCUGACCCGAGGGACUGGAUCAGCCGUUACUGCUGAACACUCGGUGUGCAUUUCAUGUGCUGGAGACAUUACUCAUUAGCAAAUACAUAAAACUGAGGCUUCUCCGUUGCUUCCCUGCAUCUCACUGCGUUUAUUUCCCAAAAGCUGUUCUCAGUUUGCUGCUAUUAAUGUUGCUUUUUUUGUUUUGAAUUGUGUGAAUGCCUCGCAUAUGUGCAUACUUGAACUGAACACUGCAGACACCCUGCUGUGCUAUUUUGUUGGGUGGGUGCAACACAUUUGCAACCAACAUGUCCACAUUUGUUUUUGGAGCAGUAAGCUGCAUAGAGAGGGACGGUCACACCUUCUCAUGCCAGAAGAAGAAGCUGCUCUGGGCUGUUGCGGCGUGGUUUACUCAGAAUAGAGAGAAUAUAUCCAAAUGUUGUCGUCCUGUAAAUAAAACACUUACCUGUUUGUGUUGUGACAUCAUAAAACCCCUUUUUAAAAUGUAGGCAGCCUGCCUUAAAGCGGGUCUGUGGUGAGAAAUCUGAUGUAAGGACGCAGGUUAGAAUCCGACCUGUGGACACUUUACGCAUGUUUACCCCCUUCAAAUCUAUCAUUCUAAAAAGUUCUUAACAGGCCCAAAAAUAAUCUUUAAGACAAGUGGCAAGUCUUAAUUGAUUUUAUUUUUACUAGAGCUGCCUGUUAGAUGAACAGAGAAGCCAAAGAGAGAUGUCCAGGAAGUACCUGCUCACGGUUUGCUGCUCACAAAUAAAUAAAAAGUGACGAAAGGUUUUUUUUCUCAGAAUUCUGACUUUAGUUUCAGAACUCAACAAAAAAAAUCACUUUUGGUCAAAAAGAAUUGGCACAUAUGGCCCUGUCAUCUUCCGUAGACACGGGUUAGGUGUCGAGUUUGAUCAAUUGUAAUUAUAUCCAGUUCCUCUCCACUACUGUCUUAAUUUCUCCCUUUUCUCAUCUACUUGACAUAAAAACAAUGAAAAUGGGUGCCGGUAUUAAACCAAAUGAUUGACAUACAUAAAGAUAUUAAUGUAAGUGCAGACUUUGUAAGCUACAUGUGUGGGAUCAUAUUUUUGGCGGGGUCAACGCUAGGCCAUGUUCAUAUGCAAUAAAGAUUGCCUUACAAGUCUUAAUUCCUGCAGUGUGACCGUAUAUUUACUGUCCAGGGUUUAGCGCCAUCACUAGAAGAAGACGGAGCACAGGGAGUGACACAGUUAAAUCAUGGAUGUAUAAUAAGAGUUGAAUGAGGAAGCGCAUUGUUCAUUCUUAAUACAGAUUCACGAUAUUUGAAGGCAUUUCUAAGGUGGAUUUUCUCAAGAAUUAUACUUUAAACUGAAAAAUUAACGUUGAAAUAUAUUCAGUGUGCACAAAGAUGCUAUUUUAUUUCCUUUUUAUCUCAAUAUUCAAUAAUUACGAACCAUUUUGUGUUUGGUUUGUUAGAGUAUGCAAAAGAAACCCUGACUGUAUAAAGACACAGGAAGCAUCAUGUAAAAUUAAUUUGGCUUUAUUGCUUGCGCUGUACAGUGGGAUAUAAGCUGUUACAGUGACACCUGGUGGUCGUACUGCAUCACUGCACCUGCCUAUCAGUUCAGCCAUGCCAGGAGGAGACGUAAAGUACUGCAAAAAUAAGCACCUCCUCACCCAUGUCCCACCCUCCCUACUGAUCACACACAAAAUGCAGCAUGCUUUAUAAGCAUGCUGCAUUUUGACCCCCCCCCGGCACGGCCUUUAAGCUGUUACCUCCCGGUGUGGUCAAAACGGAACCUAUAGAGUUCUGGUUAUACAUACAAAGGGACAGACUAAUAAUUUCAGAACACAAAAAAGGUGGUGCAAAAUAAUGCAGCUUCAUUCAUUGGGUGGAGACACUCAUACAGCAAUUUCCAACA